UGGCUCUGGCGUCGCGCCGGUCCAACCCCAAGAGCCUCCCUUCUGCUGCGGCGCUUGCAAGGCUCUCUCUCUCUCUCUCCCCUGGGCGCUCUUUCGAGGGACAGGGGCCUUGGCGGGAGAUUCGGCGCCGUGACUCUGCGCUCGGGACGAACAGGGCGCCGCCGGGGAUGUGAAGAAGGGGCCGCACGGAGGCUGUGUGGCGUGGUCGAGGUCGCAUGGUGGCACGAGGCAUCAUCUGCAGCAGCAUCCUGGAACCUGCCGGAGGAAUCUUCAGGAGACCUUGCCGGGGCGUGAGAAUCCCCCUCCCGGGCAGCGACGCGACCAGCAGGAAGACCUCGCCGGCUUCUUCCUUUUCCUCCUACUCCUCUUCUUUCCUCUUUUCCUCCUGACGUGAGUCUGCCGUCAUCAGUCCCCUUUUCCUUCUCUCCCUCCGUCGCCGUCUCGAUCGGGUCCCCCAUUACGCUCUCUGCCAUCAGCCCCCCCCCCCCUCACACACAACCCGACUCGCUGACUCUCCUUGCAGCUUUCCCCUCUCCUUUCUCCGCCUCGCCCUCGCUUCCUCUCGGGCCAGACCGCGCGGUGUUUGCCAAGGACUUUUCCAGCGCGAGUAAAAGUGUCGUCCGCGUGACGGCGGGGAGGCUGAGUUGCCGCUGGACUCCUCGCUGCACCCCCACAGUCGCUGCAGACGCCACGACGAGCACUUGCGCGGCCCGCUCUCUCUGCUCCCUGCUGGCCGCCUGUCAUGCCCCUCCGCUCCUGCGGACGCGUUUCCUCCUGUUGCGCCAUUCGCCCCCUCUGACGGCGCUUGCCCCCGCGCCACCCGCCGUCCUAUGUGACAGGAGACAGCUACUACGCCUGCAUCGUCGUCGGAAGCGUGAGUGUGCGUCGAGCGGUCGUCCCCGGAAGACGAACGCCGGAGCGAGAGUUCGCAGGAGCCUUCAGGAGCGACGCGGAACCGCCUAGGACGCAGCCGAGAGGCCCCAGAACGCCAACAGGGCUCCCUCCCGCGCUCGGACCUCCGGCAGGAUGAGUACCGUGGCGGACUUCUACCGUGACCGCAGCGUGCUCAUCACGGGCGCCACGGGCUUCAUGGGCAAGGUCCUGGUGGAGAAGCUGCUCAGGUCAUGCCCGGGCCUCUCCAAGAUCUACCUGCUCAUGAGGCCGAAGGGCGGGCACCACGUCGACGCCAGGCUGGACGAGCUCCUCAACUCCAAGCUUUUCGACCAGCUGAGAUCGUCAUGCCCGGAGGUGCUGGGGAAGCUGGUGGCGGUGCAGGGGGACAUCACCCUGCCGGGGCUGGGGAUCUCCCCUGCCGACGCGGCCACCCUCGCUUCCAACAUCUCCGUCGUCUUCCACGCCGCGGCCACCGUGAAGUUCGACGAGGCCCUCAAGCUGUCGCUGCAGAUGAACGUGCUCGGGACGCGGCGCCUCGUCGAGCUGUGCCACAAGAUGGAGAAGCUAGUGGCGUUGGUUCAUGUGUCAACGGCUUAUUGUAACUGCGACCGGGUGGAGGUGAAGGAGGUAGUGUAUCCGCCUCCUAUAGACCCUUACAAACUGAUUCAACUUGUCGACUGGAUGGAUGAUGACACUUUCAACCACCUCACGCCUAAGCUCAUUGGUUCCCGGCCUAACACCUACACCUACACAAAGGCUUUGGCCGAACACGUCUUGGUUCAAGAGGCAGGGUCUUUACCGCUUGCCAUCGUCCGGCCAUCAAUAGUGGCAGCAGCCUGGCGAGAACCUCUCCCGGGCUGGGUUGACAACUUGAAUGGUCCAACGGGUCUCAUAGUGGGUGCUGGUAAGGGCAUGCUAAGGACCCUGCACUGUCGAGGGGAACUGGUGGCAGACCUCAUACCUGUAGACAUACCUAUCAACCUGCUGAUUGUCACUGCUUGGCACACAGCCACGCAGAGAAUGAAGGAAAUAGUUGUGUAUAACUGCGUUUCGGGGAUAGAGCGGCCUGUGCGAUGGGGCGAGAUCAACGAGCACGGAAUGAUUGCACUACGCAGGAAUGCCAUGAAUGAUGUUGUGUGGUAUCCAGACCUGCGCUUCACCCAGCACAAGACUCUCAACACCAUCGCCGUCCUCCUUCAACACUGGCUUCCGGCCUAUCUCAUGGAUGCCGCGGCCAGGCUGGCAGGGAAGCGCCCUAUCAUGGUUAGGAUUGCUCAGAAGCUAGACCGUGCAGCCUCAUGCUUAGAAUACUUCACAACUCACGAAUGGAGGUUCUGCAAUGAGAACGUACAAGGCUUGUGGGAAAAUCUAUCAGAGACGGACCAGAAGACCUUUAACUUUGCUCUCUCAGCCCUCCAUUGGCCCACCUAUAUGGAGCAGUACUGCCUAGGAACCAAACGCUAUGUCAUGAAGGAAGAACUGAACACGCUGCCUACCGCUCGCAAACAUCUCUCAAAGAUGUGGUGGAUCCAGCAGGCGUGGCGAGUGCUGGUGGUGGUGGUGGCGUGGCGGCUGGUGAUGCUGCGCAGCCCGGCGGCCCGGAGAGCGUGGUACGGCCUCUUCCGCCUCCUCGUCAGGCUCCUUACCCACCUGCCGAUCCUCAACAGGAUAUGAGGCACGCCACCGCCUAGGAUCUACCCCAGCAGCUCCUCCGUCAUCGCCGUUUUUCUCUGGUCACCCUCGCCCUGCGCCUGGCUGUGCUCAUAAGGGCGUCCUCAGCUCCACCUGUUGUUGUUAAUAAUCAUCGAUAUCUUGUCGCGGUUGGGCCCUCCGGCUCGGCCUCCGCGCCCUCUCGCGUCUCUCGCUCGCCCGCGCGGCUCUGCUCCGGAGGCGAGGCGACGCCGAGGGAGGCUCUUUCUCUCUCUCUUCUCUCUUCUCUUUUCUCUCUUCUCUCUCUCUCUUCUCUCUCUCUCUCUCUCUCUCUCUCUCUCUCUCUCUCUCUCUCUCUCUCUCUCUCUCUCUCUCUCUCUCUCUCUCUCUCUCUCUCUCUCUCUCUCUCUCUCUCUCUCUCUUCUCUCUCUCUCUCGCUCUCUCAGUCACUUUCUCCUUUACUUUAUUAUCGUCAAUAUCGUGCGCCGGGCGGAUCCGAGGAAUGAGAAAGAGAAGAGGGACCGAGAGGAGGAGAGGGGAAGGGGCUGCAGGAGAGGGGAGGAGAGGAUCUGUGGCACGCCCCGCUCCAGAGGGCCGCGAAACCGCCGUCACCCUCCGCCUGCGCCGCCUUCCGAACUUCCCUAGUCAAAACCUCAGGCCCGUUUUCUAGGACAUAGCUCCGCCCGCCUCUCAUCCCGUCUGUUUCCUCUGCGCUGCGGUUCCUCUGGCGUUCUUGCACUCCCGCCAUUUACCUUCGUUAUGAGUCCCUUGUGCAGUCUUUUCCUCCGCCGCUCUCUCUUGCCCCGGCCUGCCCGGAAGCAGUGCGCCGCCACUGGCUGGCCGGGAAGGGCCCUGAGCCGCGUCGAGAUCUGUGAUAAACUUGCCCUUCUUCGAAAUUGAUGCCUGCUCCGCAGCGCUGGCCCGCGCCCGAGCGGCCCGAGCCGAGACUCUCCGGCCCGCGACGCGAAGGCCUGGAGGGGGUAUUUAGGCGCAUAGUCAUCUAGUGAACAUUUUAGCAGUAAACUGUGUAUAUAUAUGGCAUAAAGUCUCUAGUGCAUGGAUUCUUUGGCUGUCCCAAGGAACGCCUUUAAAGCUAGACGAAGUUUAGUGUAAAGUGUAAACCCAAGGGUGCAGAGAGGAGCGUCCUUCCGGGCAGCCUUCUGGUAGGGCGCCAGGUGGAGGCAGGGGGCCGGCCCGACGCGAGAACCCUCGGGCAGCGCCUCGGGGCUUCGCGGCGUCGAUUCCCACCGGGGCUCUCUCUCACGUGCACGGAAAGACUCGUCCUGUGGCCGCCCCCCCUGCCCGCCUGCCUCCUGCGAGCGAUGGGCGUGAGGGACCUUCCGCCCGCCCCGCCCCAUCCCACCUCGCGGCCAGGCUCGUCCCAGGAUGCUCAAGCUAAUGUCGGUCACGCCUUAUUUCGCUGCGUAGUCGGGAUUCUGGUAACUCUCCGUUUUGUUGUCAUUUGCCGCACAAAGUUUGUAUACACUCGAAGGGGGAGGGACCUAGUCUUACCUUACGUCGCUGCUUUCUGAAUGUCACCGCGCGGGCUCUCGGGGGCCCAGGCCGCCCCUCGGAGGCCUCCCGACGGAGAUCCCUGCGAGUCACUGGGCAUUUCGCAGACCGGGCGGCGUCUCUGCCUCUGGUUCCGCAGCAGCCUCGGCAUCUCGCGGCUGAGGCCAAGAUCCAGGAAUCCCGCUUAGGCCUACGAAUCGAAGGAUGGAAUAGGGAGCCUCACUCACGGGUCCUGGGGGCAUGGCCUGCGUCGGGGGUGCUACGGUGCUCGUGCGAAUAGAGUGCGAAACGUUUAUCAAAGCUUGAGUUGAGCCACGCGUGAGACAACGGUGCCCUUUAAUUGUUUCGUUUGAAUAUGUGUGUGUGUAUGUGUUUAUAUAUAUGAAUGAACACUUAUGCACUUACACGCACACAUCCAUUAACGUUUCUAUUGAUAUUUCUAUUGAAAAGAGAACAUUUAUAUUAAACGUUCAGGCAUUGCAUUGUGCGAAUGGCUCCGUCACCUUGCUGUUGAAAUGUUGCUCGGGGAAGGGAUGCCUUUGCGGAUCUAUCGUUGAUAAUGCAACUUGCAACUUAGCUGCGCAUCCUAUAGUCAAUCAUGGAACAUCUUGUAAUUUUCUCUCCAUUUUUUCAUAUAUCAUAGACUUUCUUUCACGCUCACGUCACGCGUGGACGUGUUGCGAGCCAGCGUUUGUAUGUUCCGGUAUUCUGUAUUUCAUUUUUCCUCGAGCUCAUGGAGUUUUCCUUGUUCUCUCGUCGCAUUUACUGUUUUCGUUAAGAAAGAUGCAUUGUCUGUGCUGUCGACUUUUAAAAGAUAAGAAAUUCCUGCAUUUGUUAUCAUAUCCUUUCUUAUUGUAUGAUUUAAUUACCAAAGACAUUAUGCCGUUUACAAGGUUUGCAGUGUAUUUGAUCCCCCAAAAAGAAGGUUGUUAUGAAUAAACAUCGGGUUAUGCAAAUAAAGUAUACAUGUCGGUGUUUAGCUCUGUCCCUUUCCAACAUUCCGUUAGUUUCCGGGACCAUCGGGGUACACCACGAAGGAAAAUAUACUUGUGGGUUUGUUAAUGGAGGCCGUUCUCGUCUCGUCUUUUUUCCACCCUGUCGUUCAUUUAGUGUCGAUUUCUAUUUUGAUGUUGUAAUUCAGUAUAUCGGCGGGUUUGGUUGAUUCUCGCGAAGCCAAAAUCACGGGGGAAGUGUUAUUCGGCAUUCGGUUAGAGAGAGAGGAAAAAAUCGUGUCUUUGCAGGCACCGAUUUGCAACACGGAGAGGCUUGAGCGUCUUCGUGUGGAAUGUGUUAAGUCUACGUUAUUGAAAGGUUAGUCUUGCCUCCCUGCUGGCGGUGAUCUCGCGCUGAUUAUUGAUCCACUAAGUAACCACUGUGACUGUUAUUUUCCCAGAUCGUUAUGGUUAUUAAUUGUUCAUAUGACUUUCCUCUUGUUUGGAAAUAUUCCCUUCUCAGUGACUGCGUGUAUCUUCAAUGCUUUCAGCCUUGGCUCAGUUCCUUUCAGUAUUAUCAGUAUCAUUACUCGUGCUUAUUAAGACGGUGGCUUUCCUGAUUGUUCUUGUUUUAAGGAUGCCUUCAGUAUUAUCUUGUAUUUAUUUCAUUAUUAUCGUUAUCAGAGGCAGCACGUUCGCACGCCACAUUCCUGUAAUGAAAAAAAUAGAGAAAGAAGUCUGGUGCUUUUUGUAAUUUCUUUCUCACGGACGUGUUUGAGAUGAUUUCGAACGGAGGAGAGAGGCAAAGAGAAAGAGAGAGAGGGAGGGAGAGAGAAUAAAAGAGACUCAUGAAAGCGGAACAGCCACGGAGCUGGAUCGUAAGAGCAAGAUGGACAUAUAAAUCACCGGAGAGUUAUUGCUAAGAUACGUAAGAGGAGCGAGGCAGAUUCACACGAACUGCGGUUAGGGAAAUGCGUGUCACGUCUUCACAGUCACAGCCCAAGAGUCACAGUUCCACAGUCACAGCUUUCAUAAUUAUUCAGAUCCUGUCACCUACAGGAAGGGACGCACGGAUGACCUGGUAACUUCAGACAAACACGAUUUCCCGUGAAAUUAAGUGAAAAGCGCUUUGUAAAAAAAGACUGUUUUCAGUCUUUCUGUCCAGUAAGAUCAUUUAUGCGGACGUCAAGUCACUUUCCACUUGUUUUCAGUGAUGUUAAAGUUAGGGAUAUGGUGAGAGGAACUUGCCAUAACUGAAGGGGGUAACUUAAUCAUGCCAUAUUUCCCAUCUUUGUAGAAUAAUUUUCCAUCGUAUUUGAAUUGUUAUGGGUGACGCGUUAGAUGGCGUUAGAUGAUUUCCGAAGCGUCUUUAUAGAAAUUUUAUUAUUAUUAUUUUAAUUUGUUUAGGCUGUAACACACUUGGUCAAGGAAAAAAGGGAGGGGUACUUUCACCAUAGAACUUAAUUGGACAGUUCAGUUUAAGAAUCACGGUUUAAUUUUUCGAGGCAGUUUGUGUACCCGUGUAUGUAGUAGUUCCUGGUGUGGAAACGAUGCCAUUCAGCGUGUCCGCACCUGUGUUGGGUUGGGAAGGCACCUGCGCUGAUAGGCAGGUGUGUUUCCGCCGAUCUUUUGGACACGUGUUGCCCAAGAACGCCUUUAACGAUCGUAAUAUGAACUUGUCACCGAUUAUGUGCUUCGAGGCAUUUCGUGAGUUUUGAAGGUCGUUAAAAAAGGGGUGAAUGUGUGCGAACAGAAUGGCCACGUGUAGCCAAGAAGAGUGCCAUUGGGGGGAAAACAAGGUGUUAAAUAGAGACAUUGAUUGGGAAGCACUUGUUUCGUCCUCGUUCUCAUUCUGCCUGACCUUGUUUGCUUCCCCGUCUGCCUUCCUUCCUUUCUUUUCGCCCCGGCCUUCUGUGAGGUAAUUUCUUGCACGAGUGAAGGUUAGCGAAACAUCGACAAAGGAAGAAAGUGGCAAGGAGCUUCGGGGAAAAAAAUGAAAAUUAAUAAGGAAAAGUGGACUGAUAUACGGACAAAAAAUAGAAAGAAAUAAUAAUAACGGUCUAAAAGUGCUGUUGUUUAUACACGAUUUUGUGAAUCCGUAUUAUUAUUAUUGUUGUUAUUAUUAUUAUUAUUAUUAUUAUUAUUAUUAUUAUUAUUAUUAUUAUUAUUAUUAUUAUUAUUAUUAUUAUUAUUAUUAUUAUUAUUAUUGUUUGGGUGAAUAUUUAACCUGGGGGGCAGUGACUGUUCUGUCGUUGAUUGUGUUUAAUGUUAAGAAGAUUAAAUAGUUAUUUUAUUUGACGGUAAUGAUUAUUCGAAUUCGAAAAAGGACUCGAGAAAUUGCACAGAACUCGCGGUUGCCAACUGUCCUCCGGCACUCCAACCUCAUUUAGCUUUGCGUGACUUUUUUUUCUUUCUUUUUUUUCCAACGCACAAAAUGUACACACACGUACACAUAAUCAACACAUGUACACUCUUAAAAUCCCGACCCCGAUCCACACCUACCUUCCUCCCCCCCGCCCUCCUCUCCCCUAUGUUCAGCCUGGACAGAAUGUGAUCCUUUAUACACAUCAAAGUCGGUACAUCCAUCUUCUCAAAAUAAAUGAUAAUGAUGAAGA